AUGCUAUGUACAGAGCUUGCGUUUCAACUGACCAUUGAUCCGGAACGUGACGGUCUCGGAGCAAAUAAGAAAAUAGAGUUAAUGAAUAACGAUAUCAAUGCUGCCAAUGCAUGCAUGCGUUCGGCAUCCUCGGACAGCUUAUUCUUUGUAUUCCCUACUUUUCUUUCUGCACGUAGCAAUAAGCUCAAGCAGAAAGUUUACGAAGACGAAACAACAUGA